GCAAGAGAUAAUGGCUACCAGUUAAUUUGGAUCGAUGCUUGUUGCAUUGAUAAAUCGUCAAGCGCAGAGCUGUCCGAGGCCAUCAACUCCAUGUUCGCUUGGUAUCGUCAGUCGAGCAUCUGCUACGUGUAUCUCGGCGAUGUUGAGGUUACGAACCGGUUGUAUCUUUUGGCCGACAACUCCACGGCCACCGACAACCACUCUUUCAAUACCUGGACAACUCCGAGCGCUGUAUUCAAGCGCGACCUUGCUGAAUGUCGGUGGCUGCGCAGGAGCUGGACGCUUCAAGAACUGAUUGCACCGUCACAAGUGCGCAUCUACUCGAGCGAUUGGAUGCGUCUGGGGGACAAGCACGACCCGGAAUGGUGCCAACUGCUUUCUCAAGUGACAGAAUCGCAUCGGGGGCACUCACGGAGAGUGAUGGCUACAAGAAAGCGAGUGUAGCGCAGCGCAUGUCUUGGGCCGCAGACAGGCAGGCCACGCGGGACGAGGACAUUGCAUACUCGCUGUUUGGCAUCUUCGACGUCAACAUGGCGC